CAGGCGGUUCCCGGAUGCACCAAACAGAAACAUGGAACGGGUAGUGGUGGAAGUGCCGAUCAACAACGGUUUCCCCCUCGCUUGUCCUUCCACAACCCCACGAAAGCGGCAGGUGCGGUUUUCAGCACGCCAUGACAUCAUCCUUCUGCGAGAGGUUAUUGCACAGAAUCCCUUUGCCUCCAAAGAGCCAGGACGGAUUUGGGCACGCGUGGGCGAGAUUAUCACUGCUGCCCUCCAAGAGGAAAACUUUGAGGUGGAUGCCAGGAGAUGUAGGGAGAGAACCAUGCUGCUGCUAGACUACUACAAGAAACAAGACUUUCCCAGCCUACGCAGGUUUGGAACAGAGAGAUUGUAUGCCCAGAAGGAGGAUCUGCUCCAUGAAGUUUUGGAGCUGGAAGCUGAGAAGGGACUCAUAGUCAGCAAUGAUGGCACAAAGUACCAGGAUGAAGAGCGGAGAAAUCGAGUCGCAGAAGAACUAACUCUACCAGAACAGGACAAACCCAACAUCACAAUCCCGCAAACAACCACUGCAGAACAAGAAGAAGAGCGUGAGGAAAUGACAGAGCUGUCAGCAGCACCCACAGCCAAGCGGCCCUGCCAGUGCUGCUGCCAGACCUACUCUGAGAUUCUCAGCUUCUUGGAGAAACGCUCAGAGGCGGAGCAGCGGCUUCGAGAAGAAGAGCUCGCCUUGCGCCGUGAGGAACUGGAGAUUCAGAGAAGUAAGAUCACUCUGGAGAGAGAACGUCUGGGAGCUGAGAGAAAAGAGAGGGAGCGGAGAUUUGAGCUUGAGAGCCAAGAGAGGCAGGUCAUCUUGGACCUUUUAAAAGAGAAGGUGCUGAAAGGCUGACAAAUUAAAACUUUAUCACCUGCAUUUUGAUGCAUUUCUUUUUAGUAAAUUUGCAGAGGUUGGGAGUGGGAGGGGCAAAGUUAUCCACUAAAAAGAGGAAGGAAUGCAGUGAAACUAGAAAUAAAAGAUUAUGAGCGUCAGAUACUGGUUACCUAGACAAAUGUGUGGAAUUGCUUGAAAAAGUGUUCAGACAUCUUAUUUAUGUGCACUUUCUUUUGUUUUAUAGUCUUAAACUGGUAAAAUUGGCUUUUCCUUAUCAAAGUACACUCAAUCAUUUAUUUUUACAGGACAAAACUGAUAAAACCACCUGGCCUGUUUCCCCAGACAUAGUAAAGCAUAGUGCUGGUAGCAUUAUGAAAUAGGGUCCAUAAAGAACUUAAAUAUGAAUUUAAUUAUGCAUUUAAAAUGCAUUUUAGGGACUCCAAUUUACUGAAAACAAAGCCAGAUCAACCAGAAAUAUUGGAAUUAAGUUCAGAAAUCCAGGUGUGCGAAGGCUCUGAAUAUUUUUGCACAUAGAUUUGCAUUCAUUCAUUAGAAAUGAGCUAUAAAGCACUGAAAACAGCACAAAGUUUGGAGACUAAAAGCAGCUGCAGAACUGACAUACAGGUAAUGACAGCAUCUAUAACAAUCAGCCGGCACAAACUGCCCCACGCUAAUUGUUAUAAAUGUUAAGAGACUAGGUGAGUUUUAUUUCCCGUGACAGUCUGAAUUAGGUUUUUAUAGCACUACAGUAGCUGAAAUUAAGUAAUGGAAAGGAUAAAUAGGCGUGGUGUGGCAUCUUAGGUGUGGUGAUCCACUGAGCCAGAACUGGCAGACAGGAUCAUUGUGUAUGUUCUGUUAUAAAAAGUCAAUAAAGCUAGCCUUUUCCUAGAAUGACACCAACAACAUUAUAAGCUCUUUUCAGAGAAUAUAAAAUUGUUUGCAGUGCUAGAAUGGAAAAAAAAGCAAACAUAAUAAAUACAUAAUAGCCUGUAUAUUUAGGAAAUUGGGGUUGUGGACCUAAAUGUUUCUUAGCUCUGUAGCAUUUACCCAGAUAAUUACUUUACACAUGCCUUAUUAAACAUUUUCUAUCUGAAGGCAUUUUAAAAAACAUACAUAGAAAUAAAACUAUAUUUUACUGAACAAAUUGCUGUAUUUUGACUGGUAAGCACUUUUUAAUGCAAAAAUUCACACUAAAACAAGCCAUGAAGUCUUUCACUUUAUUCUUCAGAUUGUAAGAAUUGUUUUUUUUUUGUGUUCUUGAUAAAAAUUACUUUGUAAUAAAAUAUUAAUGAAUUGAUUAAUGAAAAGUUAGCACCCUUUUUGUAAGCAGUUGUUAAAGUUGCUAAUCCCUCGUAGGGAUCGGUCAGCCAUAAAAGUUACAGUAUAAGGUAGAUAUAUGUUCACGAUGCAGCACUUUUUAAAAAACAUUUUCUGCUGAUGUACACAUUGGUGUUUUUUUUAUGAUUACUUUAGUUUACAUGAUAGCACUACUGUGAAAUUAUAUAGAAAACAAACUUGACAUGUUAUUUUUCCUUACAGUG